AUGUCGAGGAUCCGCAAUAGAGAUCAUAAUGGGAAGGAAAUUUUCAGUGUAGCAAAAGCUUCGCCGAUGGAACCCUGGAUGACGCGACCCAUCUUUUUCUCGGCUCAGGAUGUCCCAAUGAACGACCAAGCUCACAGUGAUCCCUUGGUUAUCACCCUGCUGAUUGAGGAACGGGGGGUAAGAAGGAUAUUAGUUGAUAGUGGGAGCUCAGUCGAAGUACUCUUCUACGAUACGUUCAAAAGGAUGGAGUUGUCAGAUGAUAUACUCGUCCCAUCGACAUAUCGUAUCUACGGUUUUAAUGGGACCGUAACCAUCCCGAAGGGCGAAGUAACUCUAAGGGUAUCAGAUGGAGGUGGUUACCUGGAUACUUUAACCACAUUCUGCGUGGUUGAUGUCGCCUCUCCCUAUGAAGCUAUAAUCGGAAGACCAUGGAUCGCGGGAAUUAAAGGAGUGGCAUCGGCCUAUCAUGAAAGGCUACGAUUCCCAGCGUACAAGGGAUAG